AACGAGCCGAACAGAGUGAUCGCACAAAGACAGGCUUUAAACUCCUGUGGUAAUGCCAGACGAGCAAUCCCGGGGUACCAUUGGUGGAUCACGUUCGAAUGUCAGAGCAACCAUGGGCUCAUCUUCUCGGCCCUCUGCGCCUGGUGCCGCGAGCAUACUGAUGGGAACGGACAAGAUUGGGAGCAAAGAAUUCUGGAGGGCUGUGAGUUCGGAAUUCAUGGCCACACUCCUAUUCGUGUUUAUUAGUUUGGGCUCCACCACGGAUUGGCAUAGCGCUAUUACUGGAACUACUACUGCAACAACGGCUCCUACUGCAACAACGGCGGCUGAAGCUUCCGCAUCUACUUCUGAUGCGGGGACAGCAAAACCACCUCCUUCACCUGACCACAGAGUUGUCAUUUCACUGUGCUUCGGCCUCACAAUUGCAACCAUGGUGCAAUGCUUUGGCCACAUUAGCGGCGGACACAUCAACCCAGCUGUCACGGCGGCAAUGCUCGUGACCAAGAAAGUGAGCGUAGUAAAAGGGUUGCUUUACAUUGUGGCCCAAAUGGUGGGUGCUAUCGCAGGUUCUGGGUUCAUGUACCUCGUGACACCCACUGGUCGUAGGGGAGCGUUGGGCGUCUGCAAGGUGCAAGGGGACCUCACCGUUGGACACGGCCUACUUGUGGAACUGCUCUUGACGUUGCAGCUGGUUUUCACUAUUUUUGCCACGUGUGACGCCAAACGCACUGACCUCUCUGGAUCCGCUUCCUUGGCCAUUGGUCUGUCUGUAACUAUUGGUCAUUUAUUUGGGAUUCCUUACACAGGAGCCAGCAUGAACCCUGCUCGUUCCUUUGGCCCUGCAGUGGUCACGGGCAAUUUCGACCAACACUGGGUGUACUGGGUCGGACCUGUCCUGGGUGCCGUUGUUGCUGGACUGCUGUAUGAAUUCCUGUUCUGCCCGGACGGCAAACCAGGUUCAGGGCAGGUGAUUCCCAAGGACCAAAUGGGGGCAUACAGAGACAUGGAGUUGGCCAGGAGGAAGAAAAGGACAGAGAGAAAAGACGCAAGAGAAGUGCUGUCCACUGUAUGACAGGCAGAAGUUUUGUAAAUGGAGAGUAUUCUGUAAAUGAGAAUGAAUGAAAUAAAUUUUGGGGGCUUUCUUACUGACUCCCCUGCACCUGCAUGACUCCCCUUCCCUGCACCUGCCAUGCCUUGAAACAUUCCAUUCUUGAAUGUAUUUUCAGUCCAAGAAGCUUUGUGCAC